CUUUCAUUCUUGAGAUUAAUUCUUUUCUUUUCAUUUGUUCUGAAGUUUUUGGCUGAUAGAAAUGAUCUAAAACUUCAAGCUGGUCUGCCUGUUUUUCACAACUUGACUCAUUUGAAGAUGAAUGCAGAGUUCUUGUGUGAAGAUGGAAGUUAUAUGUUUAAAUAUUUUCUUCAAAAAUCACCUAAUGUAGAAUUUCUUGAUGUUUGGCAGGAAUUUUACUUUGCUGUGAAUGACUGGGUAAUGCAUGUUGCACCAUUGUAUUUGAAACGUUUCCUCAAAACUGCCAGUAUUAAAUGUUGGGUGGACGGAGACUUGAAAAAUUUAAGAUAUUUAUUUGAGAAUGCGGACUCAAUGGAGAGGGUUACAAUCUUUUGUCCUAAUGAGUUGGAGGAAUAUUUGAAGAUGAAGAAGGAGAUCAACUAUCAAUUACAAGUAAUUGGCAAAGGAACAAGGAAUGUUGAAAUUGAGUUUCGUGAGGGGUGGGAUGGUAAUUCAGAAGUUGUUAGUAUUAUAAUUUGAUUAUAAUAUGAUCAGGGAUUUAAUAUUUUGUUAUGUUUAAGGCAAUUGAUAGACUACAUUUGGUGUAUCUUAGUUGCAUGGUUC